AUGUCAAUGCUUCGCCUGCUGGCUGGGUGGAGCUGCCGCUGUUGCUACGACAUGAAGCGGCCUUCGGGCACCUCCGCACGACCAGCACAAGAUGCAAAACGCAGGGACUGCAGGGAGGAGUCAGGCCCUGUUCGCAUUGCGUGCUUGGGCGACUCCAACACUGUCGGAGGAGGGCUGGGGAAGACUGGAUCCUAUCCGGCCCAGCUGCAGCGGCACCUGAAUGAAGAGGCCGGUAUGGGAACUUUUGUGGUGAAGCCCUUUGGUGUCAACGGGGCAGUCGCAGUGGCUACACCAGGGAAGAAAUGCUACGAGCAUCAACAACGAUGUGCCGAUGCGGCGGCAUUUGCCCCUCACAUCUUUGUUGUGAUGUUGGGAACAAACGACGCGUGGCAUCGUGCCGGGGAGCCGCAGAAGGUUGGUGACAGCAUAAUGGCAUUGCUCGACCGACUGGAGAAGGCCAGAAGCCCACUGCCGUUGAAUAGAAGAUGUCCCUUCUUCUUGGUGCUACCUCCCGGGGCAAAGGACGGCCGCCUUCGGGAUAACUUGGCACAACACGUGCAUCCCGAGCUGCGACGGGUAGCGAAAGCAAGAGCCGACACAACAUUGGUGGACGUACUCGUCUCGAGCGAUGGGUAUCGUCCAGAUGCUGUGCAUCUGUCGAAGCAGGGCGCAGGUCAAGUUGCGAGCAGCGUCGCCACUGCCAUACUGAGAUCCUGA